AGCGCAUCAUAUCCACAUAAGUUACAGUUUAUAUAUAUAUAUUCUCUGCGUAUCAGUCAUGUUAAACCUAGAGUUUUCAACUUCCUUACUGUUUUGGCUCCUUCCAUUACUUCUCUUUUUCAUCAAAUCCAACUCCAUUUUCACAAACUUCUGCUCAUCCAAGUCGGGAAAGCUUCCGAGAUCAUACCCAUUGAUCGGUUCUUACUUGGCAUUCUACGCUAAUCGAAAACGACACAUUCAAUGGACAUCGGAUGUUGUCAGAGACUCACCCACUUCGACCUUCAUCCUCGACCGCCCUCUGGGUUCCCGUUCCGUCUUGACUGCCAACCCCUCCAAUGUUCAGCACCUCCUCAAAACCCAUUUCCAUCAGUACCAAAAGGGUGACAUCUUCCGCAGAACUCUGUCGGACUUUCUCGGUAAUGGCAUCUUCAACGCCGACGGUGAGACCUGGAAGUUCCAAAGACAAGUUUCGAGUCACGAGUUCAACACGAAGUCUCUACGUAAAUUCGUCGAACACGUAGUGGACGUAGAGCUCUCAGAUCGUCUACUUCCCAUACUCUCCGCCGCUGCCAAAAACAGAACCGUGCUUGACCUCCAAGACGUUCUUCAGAGAUUUGCAUUCGAUAAUAUAUGUAAAAUCGCAUUUGGGUAUGACCCUGCUUACUUGUUACCUUCUCUGCCACCGGCAAAAUUCGCAGAGGCAUUUGAAAAUGCGGUUCGGAUCAGCAGCGAAAGGUUCAAUUCCUUUCUUCCUCUGAUCUGGAAAACCAAAAGAUUUUUCAAUAUUGGAUCCGAGAAACAACUUCGGAUCGCUGUCAAUGAAGUACGAGAAUUCGCUAAACAGAUUAUCAAAGAAAAGAAACAAGAACUUACUGUUAAAGCAGAACUGGACUCUGUAGAUAUACUAUCUAGAUUCUUGAUCUCCGGUCAUUCGGAUGAAAAUUUCGUUACAGAUAUAGUCAUCAGCUUCAUAUUAGCUGGCCGAGACACCACAUCGGCCGCUUUAACGUGGUUUUUCUGGUUGGUCUCCGGUAACCCAGAUGUUGAAGAUAAGCUUGUCAGAGAGAUCGGAGAAAAGUCCGAUUCACCGGUUUACGACGAAGUGAAGGACAUGGUUUACACACACGCUUCGUUGAGCGAGAGCAUGAGGCUGUACCCGCCGGUCCCCAUCGACAGCAAAGAAGCAACGGAGGACGACGUUUGGCCGGACGGGACGGUUGUGAAGAAAGGGAUGAGGGUUACUUAUCAUCCUUAUGCAAUGGGGAGGGUGGAGAAGUUGUGGGGGUCAGACUGGGCGGAUUUCCGCCCCGAGAGGUGGUUGGAGAACGAGGAGGUGACCGGAAAAGUGAAGUUCGUGGGGAGGGAUGCGUACUCGUACCCGGUGUUUCAAGCCGGACCCAGGAUAUGUCUGGGGAAGGAGAUGGCGUUCCUGCAGAUGAAGAGGGUGGUUGCUGGUGUUUUGCGGAGGUAUAGGGUGUUGCCGGCGGCGGAGGAAGGCGUGGAGCCAGUUUUAAUAACGCACUUGACGUCUAAGAUGAAAGGUGGUUUUCCGGUGAUUAUGAAGGAAAGGGAUGAAUAUUUCUGAUCUUCUUUAAGGCCACUAGUGGUGUUGUCUGUUUCUUGUUUACUUAGGUAAAGUCCAAAGACGAAUCAAUUGUAUCUGAGACCAUGAUUUGCAGUUGCAGUGUGGUUCGUUGUGCUAUGUCAUUUGUGAAUUUCUUUUAAAAUUGAUAUGCGAUUUUUAAUGAUUUUUAUUGAA